CAUGAAUUCUCCACUCCUCUCACCUUGUGGAACCUCUGAAACUUGCCGAACCAUGUUACCCUCGCCACCCCCACUGCAGCCGGACGAGACCAAGUGGAUCGUGCAAGUCGACAAGAUCCUCAAGCGCAUGCCCUCCGACGGGCAACUGCCCUGGAAGAAUCCGUCCAUCUACAAGGUCCCCGCCUUCAUCACCGACCUCAACUACAAGGCCUACCAGCCGCAGGUUGUCUCUUUCGGCCCCUACCACUAUGGCGAGGUCCACCUCCGCCAAAUGGAGGAACACAAGCACCGCGUGCUCCUCCACUUCCUCGAGCGGUCCGGGAAGACCCUCAAGCGCUUCCUUUCCUCCCUGAGAAAGGUGGCGCGGGACCUCGAGGAGAGCUACGAAACGCUAGACCUGAAAUGGAAGGAGGGCGGAGGGGGCCAGUUCCUGGAGCUGAUGCUCAUGGACGGCUGCUUCAUGCUCGAGAUCAUGAGGACCACGAUAGAGGAGAAGCAUGGCUAUGCGCCCAACGACCCCCUCUUCAGCAUCGACAGGCUAAAAUACAUACGGCCGUUCAUAACGCGGGACAUGCUGAUUCUGGAGAAUCAGCUGCCGAUGCUAGUGCUGUAUGAGCUGGUCGCCAUCGAGAGCGAUUACAAGAAGGACGAGGAAUACGUCAACAUGCUCAUCCUCAAGUACUGCUCUGGCAGGCCCAUCCCAAGGAUGGGCAAAUGCCUGCAUGUCCUGGACGUCUUCAGGAAGGGCCAGCUGAUGAUGAAUACCAAGAAGGUCCAGCACGACCUGGAAAAUGUGGGGCUUGGGGCCACCGAGGAGAACGCGGAGACAAUCCCGUUGGCCAGGAGGGAGAUAAUCGGGUCGGCCAUCCAGGAAACUGAGGAGAUAAUCGGGUUGGCCCCCAAGGAGACCGUGGAGAUAAUCCGGUCGGCCAACGAGCUCAACAAGACCGGGAUCCAGUUCAAGACGAGCCAGACCCGCAGUCUCGAGGACAUCUCCUUCACCAGAGGGGUCCUGAGGCUCCCCGUUAUCAAGGUGGGGGACGACACCGAGUCCAUGUUCCUCAACCUUAUGACUUUCGAGCGCUUGCACAUCGGGGCUGGGAACGAGAUCACAGCCUACGUCACCUUCAUGGACAACAUCAUCAACAGUGAGCUGGAUGUCGCACUGCUCCACGCCCAAGGCAUCAUCCAGAAUGCCCUCGGGAGCGACAAGGCUGUCGCCAAGCUAUUCAACUCUCUGUGCGAGGGAGUGCCGCUCGCAUCCAACAGCAGCCUUGACGCCGUGCAAAAGAACAUCAGUAAGCACUGCAAGAAGCGCUGGAACAAGUGGAAGGCUAAUCUCAACCGAGACUACUUCGGGAGUCCUUGGGCUAUAUUGUCUCUCAUUGCCGCUAUCCUCCUCUUCGUCCUCACCAUAAUUCAGACUGUAUAUGCCGUGCUCAGCUACAUUUGAACCCUCCCGUUUCCUUCGUAUAAUAAUUUCUUUUUUCCAUUUUUAGGUUUUUCUUCUAGUGGCUGAUGCUCGAUAAUUAUCUAUUGAUUGGUUGUUGAUUGUUGUCAUGAAUAAUUGUCCUCCUGUUUUUAGUCGUGCUUAUUUCCUUCUCUAAAUGUUUUGAACGAUGGACAUUUGGCUGCUUUUGUAUAUCAUUAUCAGAUGAUUCUUUUGUUUCA